CACCAGCAAGUCACGCAUCCACUUUCUUCUGGUCGUGUCAUAUUGUCGCCUCGCCCAACAUGAGCGCGGCUCAGGCGAACGAAGCGGAGAAGAAUAUUGAGAUAUGGAAGGUGAAGAAGCUUAUAAAACGGCUUGAAGCUGCCAGAGGAAAUGGAACCUCCAUGAUCUCUCUUAUCAUUCCUCCCAAGGAUCAGGUGUCUAGAGCAGCAAAGAUGUUGGCCGAAGAGUUCGGUACUGCGUCUAACAUCAAAUCCCGCGUCAACCGGCUUUCCGUGCUGUCCGCCAUCACUUCGACCCAGCAGCGUCUCAAGCUUUACAACAAGGUUCCGCCAAAUGGCUUGGUAGUUUAUUGCGGUGAAAUUAUCACGUCUGAAGGAAAGGAGCGCAAGAUCAACAUCGACUUCGAGCCCUUUAAACCAAUUAACACUUCUCUUUAUCUCUGUGACAAUAAGUUCCAUACUGAGGCCCUCAGUGAGCUUCUUGAAUCGGAUCAGAAGUUUGGUUUCAUCGUCAUGGAUGGAAACGGUGCACUGUUCGGUACGCUGAGCGGCAACACCAGAGAAAUUCUUCAAAAGUUGAGCGUUGACCUGCCCAAGAAACACGGCCGUGGUGGUCAGUCAGCACUGCGUUUCGCUCGUCUCCGUGAGGAAAAACGUCACAACUAUGUGCGCAAGAUUGCUGAGUUGGCCGUUCAAAACUACAUCACCAAUGACAAGGUCAAUGUUGCGGGUCUCAUCUUGGCCGGUUCGGCCGAUUUUAAGAAUGACCUGAACCAGUCCGAUAUGUUCGACCAGAGACUUCAGGCUAAGGUCAUCAAGGUCGUCGAUGUGUCUUAUGGCGGUGAGAACGGGUUCAACCAAGCUAUCGAAUUGGCUUCGGAGACCUUGAGCAACGUCAAGUUUGUUCAGGAGAAAAAGCUUAUCGGGAAAUAUUUCGAAGAAAUCAGUCAGGAUACUGGAAAGGUCUGCUACGGUAUUGAAGAUACCCUGAAGGCACUGGAACUUGGCGCAGCGGAGACUCUGAUUGUAUAUGAGAACCUUGACGUCACCCGAUAUGUUCUCAAGAGCUCCAGCGGCUCGGAUGUUGUAAUCCACGUUACAAAGGCUCAGGAGGAGAAUCGUGAGUUGUUCAUGGACAAGGAAACUGGCACCGAGAUGGAAGUCAACGAGCAGAUGUCGUUCCUUGAGUGGCUUGCCGAAAACUAUAAGGACUUCGGAGCGAACCUGGAGUUCGUCUCCGACAAGUCCAGCGAAGGAAAUCAGUUUGUCAAGGGUUUCGGUGGUAUUGGAGCCCUGCUGCGGUACAAGGUCAACUUUGAACAGCUUGCUGAUUAUGACGACGAGGAUGAAUUCUAUGACGAUUGACGGUUCAGCGACCUCGCGGAGAGCGAGGAUGAACGGCCAGAAGUUCACGGUGUGGAUCUUCUGACGGCUCGCCCCAUGAUUCGUGUAGGCGGCUCUCCCGGCAACAUAGCUGCAAUGGUAGAUACCAUGAUGUUGCCUAGUCAAGAUUCGGUGAAGCUGCCCAGAG